UUCAGCAGUUCGCUUUGAAAGUGUCAUCUGUUGACUAGUUCUUAAUUAAGUACGUGUGAUCGCCCGACAGACAAGAACUGUGCGUGCGAGGCUCGGCGUUACAGAUCAGCAAAUAGCAGGUUACUUAACUUAAUGUCACGUGCUAAGUAGACUGGAGUUUAGGGGGGACGGUAGGCACGAAGGCAUCAGUCAGUGUCCUGCCACCAGUACGAAGACGGGGUCAGGACCCAAGAAAGCUACAUCAUCACCACGGAAAUGUAAAUGGCCACACCAGACGUUUUCGGGUUGAAUAAAUUAAAGAAAACUAUGGAACACAACAUAAUGGAAGAAACAGUGAGACCUAGAAGAAAUAAUGCAUGGACAAUGCACAAGAGGCAUCAAAUCAAGAUAAGCAAUCAUUUUGAUUCACAUCAAAGCAGACUUAGGAAAACAAUACCAGGGGAACACGAUGAAUCAGUUCCACAAAGUUACAACACAAGAACGAAACAGAAAGGAAUUACUUCAGGCUGUAACACAAUUAAAGUGGUGAAGACAUUCACUGAUUACUGUGACAGAUGUUCCCUUCAUGGUUUAAAGUAUGUUGGGGACUUGCAGUUGCAUCCUUUGGAAAGGAUAUUCUGGACAGUAGCCUUCAUACUGGCAGUAGUAACAGCAGCCUAUUUCAUCACUCUUCUAUACCACAAGUGGGAUGACAGCCCAGUCAUUGAGUCUAUUGCUGCCAGAGCUACAAAGAUGGUCUCCAUUCCCUUCCCAGCUGUAACUGUAUGCAACAUGAACAAAGCCAGAAAGUCUGUAGCAGAAGAAAUACUUAAUUCAAAAAAUCCUGAAGAUGCCCUGAACAAGAUAUUGCUGAAAGACUUGUGUGACGAGAGUUAUGAAAUAUACAGUAGCAGCACUGUCAAAGAUAAAGAUGUGGAAAACCGAAUUGGGAACUGGGACACAAUCCAAAAUUUCAUGACAUACGUCAGGCAACCAUGUCAUGAUAUGAUUCAGUCAUGUUAUUAUGCAGGGCAACUAGAGAAAUGUGAAGAUAUAUUCAAUCCUUCACUCACAGAUGAAGGAAUCUGCUGCUCCUUCAACAAAGUGAAGCGUGACUUCAUAUUCAGAAACCCGCGUGACCUUUCUGAUUUGAAUGUGACAUUCCCAAUGUCAGCUACUGACUGGACCCCAGAAGCAGGGUAUCCACCUGAAUCUACAACACGAACAUUGCCCUGGAGACCUCGUGGUACAGGGUCACAUUUAGGGCUCACACUGGUGUUAGAUGCCAAGAUAGAUGAUUACUACUGCUCAUCCACAGCCAGUACUGGUUUCAAGGUGAGACUCCACAAUCCUGUUGAGACACCAAAGGUGGCCGAUUUUGGGUUCCUGGUAUCUGCUGGAGAAGAGUACAGAGUGACCAUCAGGCCAAUAAUAAGUAAUGCUUCACCUUCACUCCGAAAAAUCCCAGAAAGCAAGCGGCAAUGUCUGUUCUCUAACGAAAAAUACCUCAAGUUCUACCGUACAUACACACAGAGAAAUUGCGCUCUGGAGUGUGAGGCCAACUACACACUUGCCACAUGCUCGUGUGUACCCUAUUAUUUGCCAAAGGAUGCGAACACCACUAUAUGUGCCAAGAGGGACGAAAACUGUACGACAGAAGCUCGAAAGACCAGCGAGAUUCGCCUAACAGAUGAAUCUGCCAACACUUCAAAUUUUGGAACAGACAGUCAAGAAUUAUCUCCUAAGCGAUGUCAGUGCCUGCCAGGAUGUAAUGAACUUAGAUACCGAGGCACCCUUUCAUCUAGUGCAAUGUCUGGAAAAUUUACUCUAAGCAAAGAAUACAAUGCAACAAAUCAAACAUACUUCAGGCAAAAUACAGCAGUGGUACACCUGUUUUUCACAGAGUCACAGUUCAUGGCCUAUUAUAAGUCAGAGCUAUUUGGAUUCACUGAAUUUCUCUCAAACACUGGAGGACUACUCGGUCUUUUCCUUGGCUUUAGCUUUCUAAGCGCAGUGGAGGCUGUCUACUUCAUAUCCAUGAGAGUGUGGUGCAGCGUACUACAAAGACAUCAACAUGCUGCUGCCGACCGACAAACAUCCGUACUCCUAACCAAUUCCAGUCAUGUUAGCGUUGUCACUCCAUAUCCAUUUGCUCAGUAAUUAAUUAUGCUGUGUUAUGACUAUAUGCUACUUCACACACCUUGUAAUUUACAAUAGUUUCAUUCAUAAAAGCAAGCACCUGCCAUGACUCAUUCAAUUCUAUAAAACAUUAGAAAUGUAUAUUCCAAAGGAUAAUGUCCUCCAAUAAACAGUUACCACUUUUAUGAAAGUGGUGGGAGUAUUUAUUGGAUGGGGGGACAUGUAUAAGAAACUUCAAAUUUAUGUAUGGCAGGGCUGGCUGACAAACAAGUGAUGAAAUGCACACAUGUAGUUUGCAGACAUAAGUAAUGUUCAGUCACUUACUGAAGGAACCUUUGCAGAAUGACUUAAAUAUUCAAAAGUUAAACCUCUGUAAAAGAAAGGUGGACAAUUUUACAAAAAGCAUUGUGAACAGUUUAGUAACAGAAACAAUUAAAAUCUACUACUUCUAAAAUCAAAUAAAAUUCAGCAUGCCAAAGUCAAUUUAUGCUUCAAAAAAUUAUAACUAAGAAAGUAAAUUUACCACAAAGUUAUAUUACUGGGAAUGAAAAUGGAAAUUUCUAAAUAUCCUCAAUGAAAUUUCACUCUAAGACAUUUUAUUAAAUAUGAAGAUAAAUGUAAAUAUAAGAACAGUGUUUUAACAAAUUACAUUUAUUCAACUGCAAUCUUCAGAGCAAAUUCAUAUUCGUGCACAAUUACAUGAGCAAAUGUGUCUGCAUUAUGGUAUAACAGAACAGACUCAUUAAACUUGUGAAUAAUUUGUCAUCCAUAUGCACAUGUUAGUUACUACCAAUGUCUAGCCAAUGUUUAAGAUGAUUUGAACAUACGAAC